UAAAUUGGUUUCUUAUUUUGCAGCACGAGGCUACCAAAGUUAUGCAGGAUGCCUUGCAUGAGUUCGGUGGCACGCCUGAAGAAGUCAGGGUUCAGAUUUCCAAUGCAGACCUGGUGUUAAAGAACGGUGACACGGAGCAAGCCUUGACUAUACUCAGGCAAAUUACUCCAGAACAAAGUUAUUACAUCAAGGCUAAAGAAAAGAUGGCAGAGAUCUAUUUACAUCAUCGUAAGGACAAGCGGUUGUAUGCCAGCGUUUACAGAGAACUAGUCGACAAAAAUCCAAACUCUCACACGUGUUUGCUGUUGGGAGAUGCAUACAUGAGUAUACAGGAGCCUGAGAAAGCAAUUGAAGUGUAUGAGACAGCUCUGAAGCGAAAUCCAAGAGAUGGAGCACUAGCGAGCAAAAUAGGCCAAGCGCUGGUCAAGACACACCAUUACGGCAAGGCCAUCAACUAUUAUGAAGCUGCCUUGAAAACAGGACAGCAGAACUUUUUAAGGUACGACUUGGCUGAGCUGUAUCUUAAGCUAAAGAACUACGAAAAGUCAGACAAGGUUAUCAAGUCAGCUCUGGAACAAGAAAAAGGUGCGAUCUCUAUUUUAUGUUGUGUUGCCGUAUUGCGCCAUAUCGUUACAUAAUUGAAAAACCCUCUGGUAUAAAAAACGCAUGAAAGGUUGAUACUACUUGUAGCUAAUAAACUUAAAGUUCAAGUUUA